CAACACAUGUGCAUUUGUUUACAAUUUUUUAACUUAAGUCGUAUAAAAGUUUUGCAAACAAAUAUGUCAAGAAAAAGUGAUGAUCCUUUUGCUGCUUUGGGUUUAAGACCUUGGCUUACAAAGCAAUUACAAAAAUUAGGUCUAAAAGGUGCAACACCCAUACAGCGUAAUUGCAUACCAGCAAUUCUAGCUGGAAAGGAUUGUAUUGGAGCCGCCAAGACCGGUUCAGGUAAAACAUUCGCAUUUGCAUUGCCAAUAUUAGAAAAGCUAAGUGCUGAACCUGUCAGCCAUUUCGCACUUAUAUUGACACCUACACAUGAGUUAGCUUAUCAGAUUUCCGAGCAAUUCCUUGUCGCUGGGCAGUCAAUGGGCGUGCGUGUAUGUGUUGUUUCAGGCGGGACAGAUCAAAUGAUUGAAACACAAAAAUUAAUGCAAAGACCACAUAUAGUAGUUGCUAUGCCAGGCAGAUUAGCGGAUCACUUAACUUUUUGCAAAGACCUAUCAUUUGACAAUAUGAAAUAUUUAGUUGUUGAUGAAGCCGAUAGAAUGCUUAAUGGCGAUUUUGAUGAAAGCUUAGCAAUUAUUGAGAGCAAUAUACCGAAAGAGAGACAGAAUCUGUUCUUUUCUGCUACUAUGAAAGAUUUUAUAAAAGAAUCUAGCAUAUUUCCCAUAACUACAGAUUGUUUUGAAUGGUCAGAGGAAUUUGAAGUUGCUACUGUGGAUACCCUUGAUCAACGAUAUUUGUUAUGUGCUGAAUAUGAUCGUGAUAUGGUUCUGAUAGAAGCGUUGCGAAAAUUUCGUGAAGAAAACGAAAAUGCAAAUGUCAUGAUAUUUACGAAUACAAAAAAAUAUUGUCAGUUGCUGUCAAUGACUCUAAACAAUAUAGAAAUUGAAAAUGUAUGCCUACAUGGUUUUAUGCGCCAAAAGGAACGCGUUUCAGCACUAAAUCGUUUCAAAUCCAAUCAUAUACGUACCCUAAUAGCAACAGAUGUUGCUGCUAGAGGUUUGGAUAUACCUAGCGUUCAAUUAGUGCUUAAUCAUCGACUACCACGUACCCCAAAGGAGUAUAUACAUCGUGUUGGACGCACAGCCAGAGCAGGACGUAAAGGACUAGCUAUAUCAAUAUUUCGUUUUCCUCGCGACUUAGAACUGUUGGGAGAAAUUGAAAAAGCAAUCAACACAAAAUUAACAGAACAUCCAAUAGAUCAACGUAUGGUGGAACGUAUAUUUAUGCAAGUUAACGUAACUAGACGUGAAUCUGAAAUACAGUUGGAUAAUAAUGAUUUUGAUGAACGUGCACGAAACUAUAGACGUAAGCAAUGGAUUUUGGAAGGAAAAGACCCUGAUGAUAUGGAAAAUCUUUACAAGAAAAAGCAAAAGGACAAAAUACGUGAAAUACGUGAAAUACGUCGUAAACGUAAGGAACAACAAAAGGAAUUCGCUGACAAAGAACCUUCCGCACUAACGCAGGAUGAACGUUUUAAAAUGGUUGAUUCAACACGGUUCACCAAGCAAAAAGUUUCUCAAGGUAAUAAAAAAAUUGACAAAGGAAAAACGCUAAAUAAAAACUUAUCUGGCAAAAAACUAAAUAAUACUAUUAAGAAAAGUUGA